AUGGUGGAAGAUCGGCUCGAGGUGCUCGACCUUGGCGUGCCUGUGGAGUCUUCUACUCGCAUCAGCUCCCAACUCAAAGGAAGUGACAGUCAGUGCAUCGCUCUUUGCCACAAAACUCGCGUGGUCACGAUCGCGAAUGGCCGCUUCGUCGACGUAUAUGGUAUCUGCAAUAACAGAUUACAUCCUUUCGCGUUCCUGCACCAAAUCUCGAUCUCAGACCAUGUAUCUCGCCUCCGUAGCUCAAGCCUGAAGGGCGACAUCUCACCAGAUCUGGAAAGUGUUGUGACGACGUGUGUAUCAUUUCCCGUUCCCGGUUUUCUGCUGGUCGGCGCUCUCUUGGACGUUCCGGAAUCCGAGAUUUCGGGAACUGAAAGUACCGUGUUUCCCGUUUUGCUGCUCGGAUUCCGAUUGUAUGCUGGUUCUGCCACCCAAUUUACUGAUGCUGCAAAUAGCGAAAAGCUUCUUAAAGUUGCAACCUCCGUUCAAGUUUACUUUAGCUUCGUGGAACCUGUUGUGGGGGUUGGAGGGAAGAGUAUUCGGAGCAUGCAAGGUUUUCGCCAUGACAUGACGCCAGAUGCAGGGUCUGUGCUGAUUCUACUUGAGGACUCAAAAGUGUUUGGCGUAUUCAGCUGGAAAGAGCGGUUUAGUGAUCGACAGGUGUGCCUGGCGCAGAUCAAGCAAUCGGACAGCUUGGUUACUGCCGAGUUCGACCACGAUGGUCGAUAUCUGCUGGUCGGAGAUGCUAAUGGACGACUGUCGCUGAUCAAUUUCAGAGAUUUUCAAUAUGAUGUGCGUGACAUUUCUUCAAAAAUGCAGCAAAAUAUGGGCAAACGACUGGAGCUUAGUGUGUGUUCUCGUUCCGGAGUGAUAGCGCGUGACAACCCACUGGAGCACGUUCGCAUUGUUCAUACUUUAGGAAUCAACGCAAUAGAAUCUACAUAUACAAGUCUCCGGUGGUGGAUGUGCAAUAUUCGAGAUCAACAGAAGCUUUUUAUUCUUGCAGGCAAACAAGACGGAUCGCUGAGCAUACUAAAACUCGUUCAAGGAAAUGACGAAGCGCGAGGUGCCGUUGACUUGAGAGUUGUUCAGAUAUAUCCCGGUUUAGCGUCGGGCACACACGAUGCCGUUCGAACCAUUUCUGAGCCGAUUAAAUAUGUUGAGAACAACUCGGAGGAUGCUGCUGGGUUUGAGUUUCACAUCACCUCAGAAAUGCGUUGGAGAACAUGGCGGAUAAAGAUUACAGAAGUUGGCGACGAACCAUCCAAGCGGUAUCGUUUAAUUUGGCCGUCAGUGCGAGACUCGCUUGGUUUCCCCUCAUUUAUGAUUCCAACCAAAUCCGUAAAAAGCGUCGUUCUACUACCAAGCUCUUCUGAGUUUGCCAAAACUCUAGCGAAUCCGACUCCAGAUCACACCUUUCGAUACCCUAUAUCAUUGGCUGUGACAGCCAAAUCUCUACAAGUUGUUGGUCUGUUAACGAAGGCUGCGGUUGAGACUGUUGAGGCAUCCUCGGAGUUUGAAAGAGAAAAUAGCGAGCAAGAAAAGAGUGAAAACGAUGAGCAAAAGCUCGAGCGUGAGGAGGCUCAAGAAGAAGUCGCCACCAUUGAACUUGAAGAAACGCGCGUGGAGGAACCCCAUCCCUCUGGACCUACGACACUUCAGGACAAGUACAAACUUCCUCCCAUGCAGUGGAAAGCCAAAAAAACCGUAGCUGCUGCAGCUAACCUGAACGAAGAUCGAUCUACCAAUCAGGACGGUGUGUCUACCUCGAAACUCAAUCGUGUAGUGUACAACGAGCGAGUCACGUCUGUGACACAACGCGUGGAGACGCUGAGUGGGGUCAUGAAAUCGAUGCGAACGUCUUUUCAACUGUUUUCGAGUGAUGUCCAACAUCACAUGAAUCUCAUUUCGGAACAGAUAGAGGAGAUUAAUCGCCGACGAGUCACAUAA